GUCAGGGCAUUCGCAAGUGAUAGAACCUGACUGGAGAUUUAAAUAAAACAAGAAAGCGUCCGCCAUAGGUACACUGAUGUCUAUUCUAAUGCGAAGUAGAAGUGUCGUUCGUGCUGUGCGUCUUGCAGGCACAUCUGCCAGUGUUCAGCCAGCGCCAUCGUUUGAAGUGGACACAGAAGAGAAUGAGCUUGUUAACCCAAAUUUUGUCAAUAGAAACCCACGUAAUAUGGAACGUUUGGAGUUAGCAGUAAAAGACAGAGGAUGGGGUACAGUGUGGCCAACUCGGCAGUAUUGGCAUAGGUUACGAUUUGAACGAUCUCAGCACCAUGUCACUGCAUUUGUGGAGCACUCCAAUGGAAAUGUGGUAGUCUCUGCCUCUACCCGGGAAUGGGCAGUGAAGAGGCACCUUUACAGCACAAAGGAUGCAAUGGCCUGUGAGAACAUUGGUCGUGUAUUAGCUCAGCGCUGUUUAGAAGCUGGAAUCAGUUAUAUGAUAUUUCGUGAGAUCCCCUGGGUUUUCCGCUCUGAAGCGGUGCAGCGUUUUCGAAAUUCAAUGAAGGAGGGUGGCGUUAUUUUAAGUGAACCACGUCGUAUUUAUGAGUAACUAAUAAUGUAGAAACAGCUGCUGCCAAGAUACAGGGUUUCCUAUAUUUUAAGAACAUUAGUUGCUUUAUUCAAUACUUGGAACUGUAUAACAAUAUUUUUUGUUCCUCGCAGACUAAUGUUGUUACUGAGAGAAAAAAAACCCACCCUUUGAGUUGUACAUUAAAUUUCAGUCACAAAGUUUCUCUAAGAAAUACUGUAUGUUGUCAGUUUUUAUUAAUCACAUAUGGUGUUAGUCAUUUAUAUCAUAAAUACUGAAUAAAACAUUACAAAUGGCAAAA